UCGACGUCCACUCCCCAUAUGUAUAAGAUACUAAGUGCUUCGACUUAUCGCGUCCGCAGAAUCAAAUACCAUCGCUCUCUUCCGCGACGAUGCAGCAUGCCACAGGGGCCGACCUGCCUCCCGAGCUGUUAUCCCGCAUACUCGACUAUCUCAAUCCUCCAGAUAAAAUUCAGACAACCAACGCUCCCCAGUUCGAGUUCUCGUGGGACGAAUACCAUCGCUUGAAGCGUGGACUUGCUGCGCCUAGCCUUGUAUGCAAGCACUGGUCGGAGGCUACCAGACCUCUCCUUUUUUCAAGGCUCCACUUGCGCAGCGCAGAGGACGUACAUUUCUUGCGUAACGUCGUUGACAAUCCCUGUUUCAAAACAUCAUCUCUAUCAAAGGCCAUCCAAGUUGUACAGAUAAAUUUGGAGGCUACUCAGACGAGACCAUGGCUUCACCACGUCUAUUGGUUAUCGUCUCGACUUCAAGAGACAACGUUCAUCUAUGCGAUCACAAGCUCUGCCGACGAUUCCACAUCAAUGGUCGGCCACCGGGACCUGUUUCGUUCGUUGCCCAGGGUACCCCCACCUUCCAUCUUACGACUCUCCACCCUUGUGAUCACAAGGCUACGAUUCGCGAGUACGACCGAGUUCGCACGGUUCGUUGACAGCAUCCCAUCGCUCCAACGCCUGCUUUGCGACGGACUUAGCUUCUUGGACCCGUCGCCGGUCGUCCAAGCCCGCAGGCGACGUCCGCAGCGAUCCUUGUCGUCUCUCUUCGAAUGCAAGAUAUCCCAAUGCGGAGGAAUGCCGCUUUCUGAUCAAGCAGCACUGGCUGCCGACGUCGUUUCGAUCGCCGCUCGCGUCGGCCUCGACGUCCACGCGUGGGAUGUGGCUCUCCAAGCACUACUUACGCUGGCGCCUGAAACAUUCCAGGAGACAUACAUUUGUAUCUGGCAACCAGGGGACAUAUCGCUCAGUAUGUCUUUCAGCUGGCAUGGACAGUAA